AUGAGUGAUUUAACAGAGGAACAACGGUAUGUACAAUUGCAAGCAUUACCAAUCAAUGAUCUACAGACAUUAUUAACAUUUGCCGGACAAUCACGAACUGGUAAAAGACAAGAAUUAAUUGAUCGUUGUCAUGCCUUAGUGAAAACAUCAAUGAUCAUAAGAGAAAAAUGUGAAGAACUACAUAAUAAACGUUUUGGACAAGGUGAAAAACAAACCAUACCUUACCCAAGAGAUUCCACAAAUACCGCAAGAAAUACACAUCUACAUUUACAUGCAAACCAACAAACAAAUAUUGAUAUACGCUUUACACCAUUUACAUUCAAUGAAGAUAUCUGUGUUAUAUCACCACCACAUGCAAUUGCUUCUUCUAAACAAGCAGUAAAUGGAACACAAUCGUUGGCUAAUUUUUAUUUUUUAUUAACAGCACAACAAGCAUCAGAUGUAGCAACGUCAACAUUUUUCAACACUGAUCAGUCAAAAGUUGAAUAUCGAAAACAAAUACUACUAAGAUUUACAACCAUUGGUGGUGAUUCGACAUUCAAUUGUACGAAUACUCCUGAUAAACUACCACCAAAUCUUCAUGUUAUUGUUAAUAGUCGAGCAGUACUAUUACCUCAACCAAAACCUACAGCAAAACCAAAUUCAGACGUUAUUCGACCAGGUCGACCAGUUGAUAUAACAGAAUAUUGUCGGUUAUGCCCGUUAAUAUCAAAUUUAGUUGAAAUAUCUUGGUUUACACAAGAUGUAUCAAAUCCAACUCCAACUUAUGUUGCUGCUGUCUUUCUAACUGAGCGUAAAACAGUACCACAAUUAUUAGCACGCCUUUCACGUCCAUCAGCCAUUCGAUCAUCGAUUGAAACUCAACGUACAGUAACACAAAUUCUAGCAGCCUCUCAAACUUCACAAGGAACUGAUAAUGAUCUUGAGGUGGCUUCAACAUCACUUCGUCUACCACUUGAUUGUCCCGCAAUGCGUAUUCGAAUGCGAAUGCCUGGACGUGCAGUAACAUGUAAACAUGUUCACUGUUUUGAUUUAGAAGGUUAUUUAAGAAUGAAUGAAAAAAAACCAACUUGGCUUUGUCCUGUAUGCAAUAAACAAGCAUUGUAUACAGAUCUAUUUGUCGAUCAAUUUUUUAUUGAUAUUAUUGGUAAAUGUUCAUCGGAUGUUAAAGCUAUCGAAUAUGAACCCAAUGGACAAUGGAAAGCUGUUGGAGAGGAAAAAUUAUCUCGACGAGCACAACGUGAAAGAGAUGCUUAUAAAGCAGCACAAGCAGCAAACAAUACGAAUGGAAAAGCAGUGCCCGAUAUUGAUCAUUCAGGUGAUGAUGAUUCAAAUGACGAACGAUCAAUCAGCAAAUCAAAUGAACGUCCAAAUACUCAAGACGAGAUUCCUAUUAUUGAAUUAGAUGAUGAUUGA